AAUUUCAACUUGGAAAAAUUCAUUGGUUUCAUAAAUGCCAUUUCAAGCUCAUUCCCUGCUUUAAAAUUUAUUUCUUGGAAGUAUUAGAUAUAUAUGUUUUUGGGUAUCUAAGUACUUGGCUACAUAUGCAUCUAUUAUAUUCUAAAUUGCUAAUUUGAUAGCGGGAAGUAACCACAAAAAAAGUAAAGUCGAACCUUUGAGGGUCUCACUUGUACUAUCAUGAAAGAAGAUAUUUUUGCAUAUUUUUUCUUUUGAUAUUAUGUGUUUCUUAUGGCGACCCUGUAUUCCAUGACAAUGAAAUGUGAUGAAAGUCCUUGUUCUAAUUCAGUUUCACUUGGGGAUCGGACACAAUUCAUGUGUCAUGUUCAUGUAUUUUAAAUGUAAUACAUGUGUAACAAGUUUAUAAUGCAAUUUAGGGUCAGUAUGUGCCAUCUUUGAGAAAUGUUUCCACCGUGCAAUCUCUUAAUUCAAAAAGUUAUGAAGGACUGGAGCUACUUGUAAACGGAGGACCUCGUGCUCAGAAAAUGGUUGGGAUAUGACUCUUUGGCUCGCUGCUUGGGUGUUUAGUAUGGUCGUACUUGGAGGUGUUACACGACUAACAAGAUCUGGUCUUUCGAUGACUGAUUGGAAGUUCAGUGGUGGGCUCCCUCCUCUAUCUGAUGAGGAAUGGUUACAGGAAUUCGAGAAGUACAAGCAGUCCCCUGAAUAUAAGCGGGUUAAUCGAGGAAUGAGCAUUGAUGAUUUCAAAUUUAUAUACUGGAUGGAAUAUGCUCAUCGUAUGUGGGGAAGAGCUCUUGGUAUCAUGUUUGCUUUGCCAUUUUCAUAUUUUCUUCGUAAGGCAUAUAUUACCCUACGACUUGGACUGAAACUCUCUACUCUUUUCGCCCUUGGUGCUGGGCAGGGGCUGAUUGGAUGGUGGAUGGUUAAAAGUGGUUUAGAG